UCUUCCAUUUACAUCUUUUGUCAAAUUUUCAUUUCAAUUCUUCUUGUAAGUAUUCUUCAAAGUUUGACCUAUCUGUUUCUUUUAUAGGUCUACCAGUAUUUUUUUUAUUAAGAAAGGCAAUUUAUCCAUAUUUUUAAUAUCAAUCAUUUUUUCUAACCACAUUGCUUUAGUGGGUGUGGUUGAUCCUUUCCAAUUUCUGGCUACUGCUAUUCUUUCUGCCAUCACUAAGUAUGUAAAAAAAACUUUUUUAUCAUCUUUAUCCUUCAGAUUGUUUGACUCGUCACUAUUUUGCAUGCCAUAUAAUCCUAAUAAGUAAUAUUCAGGUUUACAAUCAAAAUCUAUUUUUAGAAUUUUCUUACAUUUCAUACGGAUUAUUUUCCAAUAAUUUUUAAUUUUUUUACAAUUCCACCACAUGUGGAAAUACGAGCCUUUCUGUUCUUUGUACCUCCAGCAUUUGUUAUCUCAGUUCUUGUACAUUAAACCAAGUUUUUUAGGGGUUAAAUACCAUCUAUGUAUUGUCUUUAACCAAUUUUCCUUGAGGUCUGUGGAAUAAGAAUAUUUUACUUUCUUAUUCCAGAUAUUUUCCCAUUCGCUCAUGCUUAUUGGUCUAAACACAUUUCUGGACUAUUUCAGCAUUGAUUCUUUAAUUAUUUCUGUUUCAGUAUUCCAUUCUAAUUAUUUAUUAUAUAAUAUCGUUAUGAUUUUCUUAUUUCUUUGGAGUAAAUUAUCCCAGAAACUAUUAAUUGUAUUAAAUCCCAUUUCUUUAUCUUUUUUAUAACUUGCUUUCAUUUGAUGAUACUGAAACCAGGAAAUGUUCUUAUAUUCUUUUUGGAUCUCCUCUAAAUGUUUAACUCCCCCUCGAUGGAUUGUCACCUUGCAGUGUUGAGGGGGCUUGCGUGUUCUGAUGAACCUGUGGGCACAACCACUGGAGUGAUGCACUCCCUGGAGUGGCCGCAGGGGAGGUUCCAGACCAAGCACAAUCCGAAGACCCAAAGACCUCAACGGCGGAGCAGGCAGAGGAUAACAUGGUACAUGUUACAACGGCUGUGAAGGCGGAAGAAGGCUGCAACAGACUGAGAAGCCACUCUCGUUGUGUUAACCACACCACUGCUGGAACCUCACUCUGUGAAGACUGUGUGUUGACCGGCCGUGCACCGAUCUCCACACAUUAAAAAAAAUCACGCACAGGCAUCUUCCAACAAAAAUAAAAACAAACCUACAAAAGUCCCAUGGCGAUCAGCGAGUGGCGACGGGGGCAGGACUGUGAAAUCUGGAAGCCCCUAGUCACAGGCUGGCACAUGGGCGGUGGAUAUGGACUCAGUCGUUCUACCUCAAGGACAGAGGCAGUUGAGGAGUCCGGCAGCUGUAUCCAUGACUGAGCAGCCCUUUUUAGGAUCCGCUCUGCUCACCCCACACGGGGAAGGGGCUAGAAAAGGGGCCCUAAACAUAGUCUGCCUCUCCUACCCUGACUGGACUGCCGCGUCCAGAGGGGUCACCACUCUGCGGCCAAAAAAGAAAAAUGAACUUUGGAACAUGGAACGUACGGACACUGUUGGAUAACACUGACAGUGAACGCCCCGAACGCAGGACUGCUAUCAUUGCAAGGAAGCUGGGACGCUUUAAGAUCGACAUAGCAGCCCUUCAGGAGACCCAGAGAGCAGGAGAGGGACAGCUGAAGGAAGAAAAAGGAGGCUACAUCUUCUUCUGGAAGGGACUGCCUGAAGAAGAGCGAAGAAUACACGGAGUUGGCUUUGCUAUCAGAAACGACCUGGUGAAGCACCUGACUGAAGCACCCACUGGCAUCAGUGAACGACUUUCAACCCUCCGAAAUAACCUUGCCAAAAACCAACAGGCAACCAUCAUAUGCACCUAUGCACCAACUCUAGAUGCUGACGAAGACAUCAAGGAAAAUUUUUACUGUCAGUUGGACACCAUCCUAUCAGAGAUACCUAAGGAGGACAAAAUCAUCCUCCUGGGGGACUUUAAUGCAAGAGUCGGAAGGGACUCCGACCUGUGGCCAGGGAUCAUAGGAAAAUACGGGGUCGGAAACAGCAACUCGAAUGGCAUCUUGCUUCUCACCAAAUGCGGAGAGCACAACCUUGUCAUCACCAACACGCUCUUCCACCAGAAAAACAAGCUCAAGAUAUCAUGGAAGCACCCUCGGUCAAAGCAUUGGCACCUCUUGGACUAUGUUAUUGCACGUGCCAGAGACCGCCGCGAUGUGCUUCUCACAAGAGCCAUGACAGGUGCUGAUGACUGCUGGACGGACCACAGGUUAAUCCAAUCCACGAUGGCUAUCAAGAUCGUCCCCCAAUGCAGACUCCAAGGAAGAAAAACAAGGCGCAAAAUGAACACCCAAGCCCUUCUGGAGCCUUCCAAACGAGCCCUUCUCCAAACAACACUCAAGGAUCAUCUACCCACAGAACACCCUGAAAAUGUUGAGGAACAUUGGAACAAACUGAAGACCUCCAUCAUCACAGCCUGCGAAGAAACCAUUGGAUACCAAACUAAGAAACAUCAAGACUGGUUUGAUGAUAACGACAAAGAGAUCCAACAGCUAAUUGAUAGCAAAAGGAAAGCCUUCCACACAUGGCAGAGAGACACCAACUGUGCUGCCAAGAAAAAGAUCUAUGCCAGUGCAAAAGCUGAGGUCCAAAGAAGGACCAGAGAACUCAAGAACAUCUGGUGGACAAAGAAGGCUGAAGAAAUCCAACACCUUGCAGAUACCCAUGACUCUCAGGGAUUUUUCAAAGCCACAAAGAUCAUUUAUGGACCAAGAAACCAUCGCUCAUCCCUACGCUCAUCAGAUGGACCCACAGUUCUGAAGGACAAAACAUCAAUUGCACCACAUUGGGAAGAGCACUACCAGAACCUGCUGAAUCGCAGCUCCAAUGUGGCCGAAGAGACCCUCUCACAAAUCCUGCAACAACAAACCAGGGAUGAGCUUGCAGCACUGCCUAGUUUGGAAGAAGUCAGCAAUGCCAUCAGCCAACAAAAAAACAACAAAGCCAGCGGACCUGAUGGGAUUCCUGCUGAAAUCUUCAAAGAAGGUGGACCUGAGCUGAUACAACAACUCCACCAGCUCAUUGAAAAGGUGUGGAUGACCGAGAAAAUCCCAGCAGACUUCAAGGAUGCCACCAUCAUCACCCUUUUCAAGAAAGGGGACAGAACACACUGCGGGAACUAUCGUGGUAUCUCCCUUCUAACCUUCGCCAGGAAAAUCCUCACAAGAAUCCUUGCAAACCGCCUUCUCCCUGUCUCAGAAGACACCCUCCCAGAAUCCCAGAAUGGCUUCCGCCCCUCCAGAGGAACAGUGAACAUGAUCUUCACUGCACGACAGCUCCAAGAAAAAUGCAGGGAACAAAACCAACCUCUGUACAUGGCAUUCAUUGACCUUGCAAAGGCAUUCGACACAUUGAAUCGCAGCGCUCUCUGGACCAUCCUCCAAAAGAUCGGGUGCCCUGACAAAUUUGUGAACAUCCUGCGGCUCCUCCAUGAUGACAUGAUGGCAACAGUCUUGGACAGCAACAGCUCCCAAAGUGACCCAUUUAAGGUGGGAUCAGGUGUCAAGCAGGGAUGUGUUAUUGCCGCUACCUUAUUUUCCAUCUUCAUCGCUAUGAUACUUCACCUUGUUGAUGGGAAGCUUCCCACCGGAGUGGAAAUCUUCUAUCGGACAGAUGUCAAGCUAUUUAACCUCAGCAGACUGAAAGCCAAAACCAAGGUCACCACAACAUCUGUUAUAGAACUCCAAUAUGCUGAGGACAACGUAGUCUGUGCGCAUUCAGAAGAAGACCUACAAGCCACUCUAAACACCUUCGCAGAAGCAUACGAGAAGCUCGGCCUCUCACUGAACAUCGUGAAAACCAAAGUGCUCUUCCAACAGGCACCAGCUAAUCUCUCUGCAAAGCCAGGAAUACAGCUUAACGGUGUAACAUUAGAAAAUGUUGACAAUUUCCGCUACCUUGGCAGCCACCUCUCCACAAAAGUCAACAUCGACACUGAAAUACAACACCGCCUGAGCUCUGCGAGUGCAUCAUUUUUCCGUAUGAAGCAGAGAGUGUUUGAUGACCGGGACAUCCGUAGAGAUACCAAGGUGCUUGUUUACAAAGCCAUUGUCCUCCCAACCCUGCUCUACGCCUGCGAAACGUGGACUGUCUACAGACGUCACACCAAAUUCCUGGAGCAUUUCCAUCAGCGUUGCCUCAGGAAAAUCCUGCAAAUCUCUUGGGAAGACAGGCAGACAAAUGUCAGCGUGCUGGAAGAAGCAAAGACCACCAGCAUUGAAGCGAUGCUCCUACGCCAUCAACUCCGCUGGACUGGCCACGUUGUCCGAAUGCCCGAUCACCGUCUCCCAAAGCAGUUACUCUACUCCGAACUCAAGAAUGGGAAACGGAAUGUUGGUGGGCAGGAAAAGAGAUUUAAAGAUGGGUUCAAAGCCAACCUUAAAAACUGUGGCAUAGACACUGAGAACUUGAAAGCCCUGGCCCUUGAGCGCUCUAAUUGGAGGUUAGCUGUAACCAGCAGUGCUGCGGCGUUCGAAGAGGCACAAGCGGAGGGCUUAAGGGAGAAAUGUGCCAAGAGGAAGGAGCGUCAAGCUAACCCCGACUGGGACCGCCUUCCACCUGGAAACCGAUGUCCUCACUGCGGGAGAAUAUGCGGGUCAAGAAUAGGUCUCUUCAGCCACCUAAGAACCCACCCCGAAGACACCAAGGAUGGAAGACAAUUGUCCUCGAGCUACGAGGGAUCGCCUAAGUAAGUAAGUAAGUAAGUAAAUGUUUAACUUGUGGCAUGUCUGUGGUUGUGAUUGACCUCUUAAGAAUCUCUCUAUAUGUCGGCCAAUUAUUCCAUCCUAAUAAUCUCCGUUGGUUAGCUUCUAUUGGGGAGAGCCAAAGCAGGGUUUUCUCAUAGAAAUGUCUUUUAUAUUUUUCCCAAAUUUUGAUCAGAGAUGAUCUGAUCAAAUGAUUUCCAAAAUUAUUUUCUGCCUUAGUUUUCCCAUACCAUAGAUACCUGUGCCAGCCCUGCCUCAAAUCGUGUCCUUACGCAAUCAGUUACCCAAUCUAGGGCGCACACCUCAUGAUAUAGUUGUAGGUCUGGGAGACCAAAACCUUCUUUUAUUUUGGCGGUAAUCAUCGUGGUAAAUUUGAUUCUGGGUUUUUUGUUUUUCCAUAUAAACUUGGUUAUUUCUCUAUUCCAAUCUUUAAACAAUUUAGCACUUCUGAUAAUAGGUAUAUUUUGAAACAAAUAGAGUAAUUUAGGUAAUACGUUCAUUUUAAUUGUUGCGAUUCUUCCCAUAAGUGAUAAGUUUAAAUUCUUCCAAUUAUCCAAAUCUUUUUUUAAUCUCUUUCCAUUUUACCCUGUAGUUAAGUUCGAGUAAUUGGUUGUUUUUAUUGGCUAUCCCAAUUCCCAGGUACAGUAGAGUCUCACUUAUCCAAGCUAAACGGGCCGGCAGAAGCUUGGAUAAAUGAAUAUCUUGGAUAGUAAGGAGGGAUUAAGGAAAAGCUUAUUAAACAUCAAAUUAGGUUAUGAUUUUACAAAUUAAGUGCCAAAACAUUAUGUUAUACAACAAAUUUGACAGAAAAAGUAAUUCAAUACGCAGUAAUGUUAUGUUGUAAUUACUGCAUUUACGAAUUUAGCACCAAAAUAUCAUGAUAUAUUGAAAACAUUGACUACAAAAAUGGCUUGGAUUAUCCAGAAGCUUGGAUAAGCGAGGCUUGGAUAAGUGAGACUCUACUGUACUUAAUUUUUUCCGUUAUAUCCAAUCCUGAUAUCUCUUUUAAUUCCUCCUGACUUUUUAUUGACAUGUUUUUAGUUAGGAUCACUGUUUUCUUUUUAUUAAUUUUGAAACCUGCCAAAGUGCCAAAUUCUUCCAUUCUUUUAGCCAAUCUUUGAUUUUAACUUUUGGGUUUUCAACUGUACAAUUACAUCAUCUGCGAAUGCACGGACCUUUAUUUCUUGCUUAUCUAAUUUAAUGCCUGUUAAAAUUUCCUCUUUUCUUAUUGAUCAUAAUAAAAUUUCUAAUGUAAAGAUGAAAAUUAGGGGAGAUAAUGGGCAACCCUGUCUAGUUCCUUUUUAUUUCAAAUUCUUCUGUUACUUGUCCAUUUACUCUGAUUUUGGCUUUUUGUUGGUCAUAAAUUGCAUUAAUUCCGUUUUGAAAUUGUAUUCCCAUGUCUAAUUCGUUUAGUAAUAAUUAAAAAAAAUCCCAAUUAACAUUAUCAAAGGCUUUCUCGGCAUCCAAUGAUAGAAAGCCCACUUCUUUUUGAUGAUUUUGGUCAUAAUAUUCUAUUGCAUCUACUAUUAUUCGAACAUUAUCUUUAGUACUACGAUUUGGAAGGCAGCCUGUUUGGUCGUCUGCAAUCCAGUCUCUCAAAAAUUCGGUAAAUCUAUUAGCCAGUAUUUUAGUAAAAAUCGGUAUUUAAUAGCGAAAUGGGUCAGUAAUUUUUAACAUUGCUUGGGUCCGAUUCUUCUUAAUGUAUCAAAAUGAUUUCUGCUACUGUACACAAGUCUGGUAUAAUUUUGUCAGUGAGUGCCUUAUUCAUUAUUUUUUUUAAAAAAAUUGAAUUGUCUCCUCUUGGUCAAUUUUAUAGAACCCAGCUGUAAAUCCGUCCAGACCUGGGGAUUUAUUUGCCUCUAAUUUUUUGAUAGCCUUUUUAAUUUUUUCAACAGUAAUUUCCUUGUUUAAGUUUAAUCUUUGGUUAUCCGAAAUCUUUUGUAAUUUUUGGUUACAUAAAUACUCUAUUAACUCCGGGUUAAUUUGAUCUUUUGUGUAUAGAUUUUUAUAAAAUUUUCCCAAACUCUUCCUUUAUCUCCUCAUCUGUAUACACUUCGUUCUCAUGUGUUUUAAUUUUUAUAAUGUGUUUUUUUAUUUCUUAUUAAUCUUGCCAGCCAUUUACCUGGCUUGUUGGCAUUUUUAAAUGUGUUUUGUCUUGCCCAUUUUAAUUGGUUAGCCAGCUUUUCUAAUUCCCAUUUUUUUCUGUUUAUGUAGUAUUUCUAAUUGUUUUAAAAUGUUAUCGUCUCCUGGUUUUUCCUUUGUUUCAAUCUCCUUUUGUAAUUCCUGUAAUUUUUAUUUUUUAUUCUGUUUUUCCAUGCUCUGUGCCGUAUGAAAAGUCCUCUAGUGACUGGUUUAUAUGCGCCCCAAAUUAUUUGUGGGUUGGUACCUUGGUUAUCGUUUAACUGAAAGUAUUCUUUGGUCAUUGAUUUAAUCUUAUCUAUCUCUUUAUCAUGUUUAAUCAUAUUAUCAUCUAAUCUCCAGUUUGGAGAAACUCUUUUAUGAUUAAUUUCCAUUAUUAGUGGGCUAUGGUCUGAGAAAUCUUUUGCAAGAAUUGUUAUUUCAUUUACUUUUGUUUUUUAAAUAAUUUUUAUUGAAUUUUUCAAAAGCAAAAAUAAAAGCCACUUUAGUGGACAAAGGAGAAGAUGGGGAGAUAUGAAAGGGAAAGGAAGUGUAGGGGAAAGGGUGUGAGGACAGGAUAGGUAGGGUUUAGGGAGGACAGAUCAGGGAAAAGGGGAUGGGAAAAUUGGGGUUGUUGCUUGACUUCCUUUCUUCUCUAUGAUGGCAUCUUUCUGUUUGUUUAAAUCCAAUGUUAAUAUUCUUUACUUCAUACAUCUUCUAUAAUAUACUCAUCACUUUCUGUUUGUGGGCGUUAUAUCCAUAUUUUGAUUUUUUCCCCUUUUUUCAUCCAAUUUCUUACUGACAUCUAGUCCAUCUUACUUUUCAGUUUAUUCUGUGUUAUUAAUAGUAUAAAGGUUAAAUGAUCCACAUUCAUUAUAUCCCAUACUUCCUUUUUCCAUUCUUCCUCUCUUGGUAUUGUUUUCUGUUUCCAUAGUCUGGUGAGUAAAAAUCUGGCAGCUGUUGACAGGUACAUCAAUAUUUUGUCUUCGUUUUUUCCCUAUUGUAUAUUGGUCAUGCCCAAUGAGAAAUAUUCUGGUAGUAAUGGUAUUUUUGUUCUCAGAAUUUUUUGACAGUUAUCAUGGAUCCCUCUCCAAUAGGGUUUUAUCUUCUCACAGGUUCACCAUGUAUGCAUAUACGAUACUUGCAGUUCGAAAACAUGCAAAUGUGAAUAGAUCAAUACGUACCGCUCCGGCGGGAAGGUAACAGGGCUCCAUGAAGUCAUGCCGGCCACAUGACCUUGGAGUUGUCUAUAGACAAUGCCGGCUCUUCGGCCUAGAAAUGGAGAUGAGCACCAACCCCCAGAGUCGGUCACGACUAGACUUAAUGUCAGGGGAAACCUUUACCUUUUACCUAAUAUUUUGACCUUUAGCAAAUUUCAAUAUUUUCUUUGGAGUCAGAUGCCACUGAUAAAAUGUUUUAUUUCAUUUACCUUUGUAACUAAUAUUUUAGAUGUCCAAAUCAUAUCGAUUCUGGACCAUGACUUUUGUCUGUUUGAAUAAAACGUGAAAUCUUUUUGAUUAGGGUUUCGUAUUCUCCAUAUAUUCUGUAAAUCAUAUUCUUCUUUUAGUUGUAGGAAAUUGUUUGGGAGGGAAUUUUUUUUCUUUUUUGUUUUGUUGUUUUAUCCAAAUUGUUAUCUAAAACUCCAUUGAAGUCUCCCAUGUACCAUUCAUACAUAAAUGUUACAAAUUAAGAUAGUUUCUUAUCCUAAAACUAUUUUAACUGCGAUAAUCCUUCCUUCCUGAUCUCUGAAUUUUUCUUCUGGUUUAAACUUUUCAUCUAUAUAUACGGCUACUCCUCCUUUUUUAACAUCUAGAAAAUGAUAUACUUUGCCUAAACUGGUAUUUAUUAGAUACUUGGAAUGUUUUUGAGCAAUGUGGAUUUCCUGCAAAGCAAUAAUAUUGUAAUUAUUUUUUCUUAGAUAAUUAUAAAUUCUUUUUCUUUUAGUUGGUGCAUUCAGACUCUUAAUAAUGUUCGAAAAAAUCUGAUUGUGUGAAACUACUCAUUUGGAAUAUCUUCAAUCUACUCUUCCUCUUCCUCUUCAGUUAAAUCCUCUGACUUCUCUCCUUUGGUAAAGGGCAUCUGACCUUCAUAGUCUUUCCGCGGGGAACAAUAUCCUAUUUUUUGGGGUUUUUUAAAUUUUUCCCUCCACUUGCUGAUUGUGGAAUUUGCUUCUGAGCAAUGUCUUUCUUGAGUUUUCUAUAAAACUCAUCCCUCUUUUCUUCCAUUUUUAUCCAGAUCUUUUCCCCAUUAUAGGUUAACAUUAGUUGUUGGGUUUACUCUAUUGUAACACAGGAUCUCAUCUCUUGAACUUUUUUUGACGAAGUGUACAAUAACAUCUCUGGCCACUUUAUUUAUUUAUUUUUUUGCGUAGCUGGUGUGGAUUCUGUAGGCUCUAUCAAUUUGUCCCACUGCUUCCUGUUCAGAGCAUUGUAGAAUCUUAGCUAUUAAUUGAUCUAUAAUAGAUUUAAUAUUCUCUGUGGAUUCCUCUUGUAUGUUUCAGAACCUUAGUUGAUGUUCUGUUUUGUUUUGUUCAAUUCUUUCUUGCAUUUUCUCCAAUUUAGUGCUUUUAGCUUCAACAGAUUCCACUUUUCUUUGCAAUUUCCCCUGUGUUUUCUCCAUCUUUUUGUUUUCCAUCUUUAAUUCUUGAAUUUCCUGUGAAUUUUUUAUUACUUCAGUUUUAAUGGAACCUAUUUCCUCUUUUAAUACCUUCUUAAGGUUGGCCAUGUCAUCUUGUAAUAUCUUUUGUUGUAUGUCUUGUUUAAUUGCAAUUGCAUGAACCUCCUUUUGUAAGAAAUCUUGCUUUUCUGAUAUUUUAUGAAUUUCCCGCAACAAUUCUCUCAUAUUGGUAUCCUCUGGUAUUGAAUUUCUUCUUGGCAGGAUCUUUAAGUCUUUUGG